UCGUCAUGACAAGAGGAAGCGUCUCGUUCACAUCCUUUCUCGCAUGGACUCUGACUAUAAAACCUAGGGCUCGGAAGCUUCCCUGCGUUGCUCACGACUUGGCGUAGAUUUUCCCCCAAAUCCUCAAUCCACUCGCUGCUCGCAAUCUCCUCUCUCCAGAAGCUUUCUGAGGGGAAUCUGCUGCCAUGCCGAAGAACAAGGGUAAGGGAGGUAAGAAUCGGAAGAGGGGUAAGAACGAGGCCGACGACGAGAAGCGCGAGCUGGUGUUCAAGGAGGACGGGCAGGAGUACGCCCAGGUGCUCCGCAUGCUCGGCAACGGCCGGUGCGAGGCCAUGUGCAUCGACGGCACCAAGCGGCUCUGCCACAUCCGGGGGAAGAUGCACAAGAAGGUGUGGAUCGCGGCGGGGGACAUCAUACUCGUGGGCCUCCGCGACUACCAGGACGACAAGGCGGACGUGAUCCUCAAGUACAUGCCCGACGAGGCCAGGCUCCUCAAGGCGUACGGAGAGCUCCCCGAGAGCACCCGCCUCAACGAGGGUAUCGCCGGGGGUCUUGAGGAGGAUGAAGAAGGUCCCGGCGAUGAUUACAUCGAGUUCGAGGACGAGGACAUUGAUAAGAUAUGAUCUGUUUCAAUUGCUGGAAGCUGUUUGCAUUAGUUGUGGGAUGUUUCAUACUAUUGAGCUGUGUUUAAUGUAGCGAAUUGGCCAAAGGGAGAUUUUGCGCUAUAAGUGGAUCCCAGAUGUGGGGUGAACACAUGUGUAAUACUGGAAUUAUGCACCAUAUUUCAUAAAUUUUCUUGUCGUGCAAGUGUUGUUGCUUUAGGGUUCUAUGCUAAGUAUUGUUCCUGAGGA